AUGGGGAAUGUGUCCAAGACCUCAGUGUUCACCUCUGCCCUAUUGGAGAGACAAGACCUGAUUUUUGGCACUCUCUAUUCUGUCUUUGGCACCAUGUCCCUGGCUGGGAGCUCGCUGCUGCUGCUGCUGGCCCAUCAGAAGAGUUUCCUGCUGAAACCUGCCGAGUUCUUCAUCGUCAGCCGCAUCAGUGACCUGGGCACCACGGUGACACUCUUCCCCUCGGCCACCUCCUCCUCCUUUGCACACAGGUGGCUCUUUAACCAGGCUCUGUGCACCCUCUGUGCCUUCUGCAGGCUCCUGUUCGGGCAGGGCAGCCUGGGCAGCCUGACGGUGCUCAGCACGGUGUGCUCUUACCCGGCAGCUGAGCCUUGCUGUGUGCAUGGGGUUGCCAGCCAGGUGCCAGCGCUGCCCUUUGUGCUCUCGGCUGUCCCUGCCCAGUCCUCGAUGCUCCACAACCCGCUGGUGUUCCUGCUCCUCGAGCCCAGCUUCCAGCAGUUCCUGUGCAAGGACAGGGUGUUGCUGCAGGCCCUGCACACCCUCCUGUGCUGCAGCCACCCAGCAAACCCCAAGCAGCCCAACGAACUCCACUGCCCAGGGGCGAUUCCCUCCCUGAACUGCCGCGGUGCCGCCGCCAGAGGGCGGCAAAGAACAGCGCACCUGGCGGCAGGUGCGGGGGGACCGGGAACGGCCGGGAGUGACCGGGAACUAACGGGAAUUACCGGGAGUGACCGGGAAUCACCGGAAACUGCCGGGAGUCACCGGGAACGGCCAGGAACUGCUAGGAAUUGCCGGGAACGACCGGGAAUCACCGGGAAUUGCCGCGAGGAACCGCGUGGAAUCACGGGGAGUGACGGAGAACAGCCGGGAAUCACCGGGAACCCCGGGGAACUGCGGCCCUCGGGUACGUGA